GACGGCUUUGGCGAUUCUGUGUUUAGCACUCACUGUACUGAUUACACGAGCAACGCAAUGCGGUAAUGGUCAGCAUUGUCCAGAUUGUGACAAUAACGGAGACUGCUCAAAACCAUGUGAGGUCGGAUACUUUGGCACGAGAUGCAUGUCAGAGUGCAGCAGAGGAUGUGAAAAUCAGUUGUGUGAACUCGCAGAGACGGGCAUCGAGUAUUGCACGGAUGGAUGUGUUCCGGGAUACAUGGGUACAAGCUGCAAGAUACCAUGUGACAAGCCUAAGACACAGUGCACGGUGUGUGAAGGUGGAUGUGAUGGAGGAUACUGUUGGCUCAGUUCUACAUCCUGUGUUUCUGGAUGUGUCGACUCCUACUAUGGCCUUGACUGUAAGGACUGCUCUGAGAGAUGUAAGUCAUGUAACAGGUCUACAGGAAUGUGUAACGAUUGUCGUGAUCCAUACCGGGGUCUGAACUGUGAGAUGUCAUGUGAGAACUGUGCAGGAUCUUGUGUGUCUGGAUGUGACGAAGGCUGUAAACCUGGCUUCUAUGGUCAUUGGUGUGAUAAGGUGUGCAGUGAAAACUGUCGUCCUGGGCCCAACAAAACUGCAGUUUCUGUCUUGGAGUGUGACCAAAAUACAUCCAUCAAUUGCAUCCCCGAAUGUGACAACAACACAGGAGACUGUAUCCACGGUUGUAAUGACGGAUGGUAUGGUGAGAACUGCUCCUCUCGAUGUAGCCGGAAGUGUACAGAUAUGUCCUGCACUGUGUCAGGGUCGUGUGCAGCUGGCUGUGCUCCAGGGUAUGCUGGGACUGACUGCUCCUGCUUUGAGAACUGCAUCCAUCAUGUUUGUCAUCCAAACAACGGAACCUGUGCCAAAAAGGUUGCAUCAAUGGAUAUUAUGGUGCAUUUUGCAACAUCUCCUGUGACGUCUGUCUUGACGGUGUAUGUGAUCGGACACAUGGAACCUGCAUCAGAGGAUGUAAUAAUACUGACCAGACAUGCACAUCUAACUGUACUAAAGACUGUCCUUUGGAGGUCUGCCUUGAAGUCGGAACAUGUUCAGGUAAGACUUUGA